AUGGCGAUCAGGUCAGAAGUAGAACACUGGGAUGUUGUGAUUGUUGGUGCCGGCAUCGCUGGCCUUGCUGCUCCCAGGNCAAUCGCUCUUCGCAAAGAUGGCCGUAGUAUCCUGGUCCUCGAGAAGUCAAGCAUGAACAAAGAGGUCGGCGCAUUGAUCUCUCUACAACCCAACGCCUCCAAGAUUGUCAAUGGAUGGAAUAUGCAACCAUUCCUCGCCGAGAAAAAGCCAAUGGUCGACGAAGCCUUCCGUCUCCUCAAUGUUGAAGGAAAACUGCAAGUUGAAAUGAAACUCAACACAUCACAAUUCGGCGCCGACCGAAUGCUAUACCAUCGUCAAGAUUUGCACGAUGCUCUGCGACAAGCUGCUACCUCGGAAGAAAUGCCUGGAUCCCCGGCGGUCAUUCGUACUUCUUUUGGUGUUACUGGCUGUGAUUGCGAAUCUGGAACUGUCUAUCUCGCCAAUGGAAGCUCGGUCCAAGGCUCUGUCAUUGUCGGAGCAGACGGCAUCCGCAGUGCGAUCAGGGACGAAGUCAUCAAAGGCUCCGUAGACGAAGGAUCAAAGGCUGUUCCCACCGGUCUUUCUGCCUAUCGCAUCCUCAUCGAAACAGAUAAACUGCCAAAGCUCGAUGUUUUGGAAGACGUCUUUGACCUCAAGCGCUCAGCAACAACCAUGAUAGUCGGUCAUGAUAAGCGAGUCAUUAUGGGUCCUGGCAGAGGAGGUGAGAUGUUCGGUUUGGUCUGCCUUGUUCCCGACCCGGAUCCAGCUGGAGAAGGCACUUCGUGGAAUAAUCCUGCUCCCUUGGAAGAGGUUCUUGACGCGUUCAAAGCCUUCCCUGCUUGGGUCCGCGAGAUCAUGUCUCAUGCUCCUGAUGUAGCACUCUGGCAACUUCGAGACAUUGAUCCUCUCACAACAUGGACAAAAGGACGCGCCAUCCUCAUCGGUGAUGCAGCUCACGCAAUGCUUCCCACACAAGGUCAAGGCGCGAGUCAGAGUAUUGAAGACGCAGAAGCAUUGCAAGCCUUCUUGUCCGAUGUUGACUUUAAGUCAUCCGGCGGAGAAGUACAUGCACAGCUCCAAGCCAUUGUGAGUGCGAGGUACGAGCGUGCGUCCNUGAUCCAGGCAUACAGCAGAUUGCAAGCAAAACCAGCUGCAUCGAAAGAUAACAAGACAGUUCAAUUGAACCCACAGGAGUUCAUGGAGUACAACUGCAACUACUCGGGCGCAAAGGAUUGGGUCAAGAGGCAGCGAGAAGCUGAGGAAAUGGCGUACAAGCAGACAGCAGCUAGGGCAUGA